AUGCUCGAGCCCAGUGUGGAUUUAGUUAAGAGCGAUUCUUUCAAACUUCCUUAUACUGGUGCCCUUGGGUGGAAACAGGGCGACGAAGAAUCAAAAUGGGCUCAAAAAGCAAUUGAGACAUUAGUAAAAAAACUGAAGAAACGAAAGGGCGUUGUCGAUCGUCUCCAGUACGCAUUGUCCCAUCCCGGUGAACCUAGUGAAUGCGUUUCAAUUCCAAGAUCGCUUGAUGGACGCAUACAAGUUUCUCAUAGAAAAGGUUUCCCUCAUGUCAUUUACUGUCGGGUUUGGAGAUGGCCGGAUUUGCAGAGUCACCAUGAACUGAAAUCACUGGAAUGUUGUCAAUAUCCAUUUGACUCAAAACAAAAGGAGAUUUGCAUUAAUCCAUACCACUAUAAACGUGUUGAUUAUCCUGGUAAACUAGUCUUUAAAUUAUAUCGAUUUGCCAUAGUUCUGCCUCCAGUUUUGGUUCCUCGUCAAAGUGAAUAUCCGACAGUAAAAGAGGGUCAGUUAUCAUCUCUCGAUUUUCCUGAUUCCCAAAGCAUUCCUUACCAAGAGCCCCGGUAUUGGUGUACUAUAGUGUACUAUGAAAUGAACACUCGAGUCGGUGAAGCCUACUUCGCUUCUUCGCCUAGCAUUCUUGUUGAUGGUUUCACCAAUCCUUCAAAGAACUCCGAUAGAUUUUCUCUCGGAAUAUUAUCAAAUAUUAAUCGAGCCCCUGUUGUUGAAAAUACUCGUAAGCAGAUUGGCAAAGGAAUCCAUCUCUAUACUGUUGCUGGAGAUACAUUUAUAGAAUGUCUGUCAGAUAGCAGUGUUUUCGUUCAAUCGCGUCUCUGUAACGAGAGCCAUGGAUUUCACCCAACGACUGUUGUAAAAAUACCCCCAGGCUGUUCUCUAAAAGUAUUUUCAAACAGUGAAUUCGCUCGACUUCUGCACCAGACUGUUCCACUCGGUGUCGAAGCAGUCUAUGACAUUGUCAAAGUCUGCACUCUUCGUUUGAGCUUUGUUAAAGGCUGGGGGGCUGAGUAUCACCGUCAGGAUGUCACCUCCACACCCUGCUGGGCGGAAAUUCAUCUAAGGGGACCUUUGUUCUGGUUAGAUAGAGUUCUGCGCCAAAUGGGUCCUUCGCCAAAUCCUGUCUCUUCUGUUUCCUGA